AUUCUACCCAUUGUCUUAUAGUAUAUGACUUCAGUCCCCUAUAUUCCGAUAUAACCUUCCCACACUAACUCAAAAAUUCCAUCCAAUCCAACAUGCAAUCCAGCCGGGAAUUCGACCUAGUCGUCCUCGGCCCGACAGGUUACACAGGAAAGCUGUGUGCAGAACACAUUGUCCGGAAUUUGCCCACUAACCUGAAGUGGGCUCUUGCGGGACGCUCUGUCCCAAAGAUCGAGAAUGUAGCCCAGGAAAUCCAGCCAUUGAACCCGGAUCGCACCCCACCAGAGAUUUUGGCUGUUCAGCUCAAUCGCGAGGAGCUCCAUAAUUUGGCGCAGAGAACAAAGCUCAUUAUCAAUUGCAUUGGUCCAUAUGUUCUGUAUUCGGUUCCGGUGGUUGAAGCUUGCGCAAGCAAUGGGACCCAUUAUAUUGAUGCAACCGGAGAGCCACCAUUCAUCAAGAGCGUUCUUGAGAAAUAUCAUGAUACUGCAAAGGCAACCGGGGCUAUCAUCAUUCCCUUCAUGGGUGUUGAAAGUGCUCCGGCAGAUAUGCUCUCCUGGUCGCUCGUCAAACGAGUUCGCGAGGAACUAUCCUGCCACACUAAGGAAGUCACCUGUUCAAUCGACGAACUGAAGAGCUCCGGCGCCAGCGGCGGCACUCUCAGCACCGUUCUCACUCUCUUCGACGCAGUCCCGUACCCCGAGCUCGCCAAAUCCCUGAAACCAUUCGCGCUGGCCGCGUCCCCACCCCCAAAGACGCUUCCCCGCGAGUCCAUCACCGAAAAGCUCUUCGGCGUCCGCUGCAUCCCAGACAUGGGCGUCCUCGCUACCUCGCCCACCGCCAUCGCCGACAUCAUCAUCGUGCACCGCAGCAGCACGCUGAUGCCUGAAUUCUACGGCCCGAAGUUCACCUUCCGCCAGUUCGUGCGCGUCCGCAAUGUCCUGGUCGGCGUGGCCCUGCACUUCAUUUUCCUCAUCGCCGUGUCCCUCUUGGUUCUGCCGCCGGUGCGCAUGCUCGUGAAGCAGUUCAUCUAUAUGCCCGGGACUGGUCCGCGCAUGGAGGAUUCGACUAGAGAUCGCGUGCAGUAUCGGGCUGUGGCGACGGCUGAUCAGGAUGUGCAGGAGCCGAAGCGUGCGUUGGGCACGUUGAAGUAUCAGGGCUCGCUGUAUGCGAUGACCGGCUUGCUGAUGGCCCAGGGAGCGAUGGUUAUUUUGGAGAAUGAGGAGAAGGUUCGGAAGGUGUCCAGAGGGGGGAUCGUGACGCCGGCUUCUUUGGGACAGGAGUAUGCGGAUCGGUUGGAGGCGGCGGGAUGUUAUAUUGAGACGAAGAUUUUGGAGUUUUGA